AUGUCACGGUCUUCCAACGAGCUCAAGAAUAUUUUGGACGGCUUGAGCCAAGGAUCUUUUGACUCUGUCGCCUCCGCCACUCUCUUUGCUCUGAGGGACGACUGCACAUUCCCCGAUGUGUAUCAAAUCACCAUCGCGCUGUACGGUACCAUAGACUCAGUUCAUCUCCAACAAGUCAAGCGUGGGCUCAUCCCUGAGCCCAUGCAACAAGCUUUGGCUUUUCGAGGCCUAGCAUCGUUCAUGCCAUUUUGGCUUGGCCGCUCCGUCUACACUGCCAGAAUGCUCAGCACGCUGACUUCCCGCUGGCCCAUCAUUCGCGAAUGGCUGCUUUUCCUCGGGGCAGACUACGUAUUCAAAGACAGCAUUGAUAGAACCAUGCGUAUUCUCGCUAAGCGAGCAAUCGUCGACUUCUUAGGCAUCUGCAGGCAUGAUACGCUCGGGGACUCGCUUCCUAUCGUCCUGUCUAGCCCAGGAAUCGUGUCUUUGCUGUUCAGUCUGUGGGAUCUAGAAACAAAAGAUCGUCAUUUCAGCUCCUGCGUGGAAGACGAUGACAUCCCCGGUCCCCCUCCGAUUAUCCGCACUCCAGCCAUUCUAGACUCUUGGAUGUGCACAUUCUCUGAAACGGAGACCUGGAAUUGGCAUGAAAUCAUGCGCCCGUUCAAUAAUGACGGAGCGAGGAUCGCUGCAGCAGCUCUUGAUCAUCUGGAGCACGACCUCGCACAGCAACCCGUCGAUUACGACUUAAUUAUCUGGGACAUCCACCUUCUGACCUCCCUUUCCGUAAACAACACGAUCCGCAUUCCGUUACUUAUGCAACACUCCAUGCAGAAAACUGCAGGCGUUAUUGCUACCAUGGUAUCUCAGCGGCCCCACUCCAUCAAACAACGUCACUUAGUGGCCAAGGCCAUUUCGUACACAUGUUGGUAUAUAAGGGCAUAUAUAGAAGACACGGAUGGGCUACCCUGGAUCUCUGAGGUCCUCGAGGCAGGCUUGCUGCCCUCGUUGCUCGCGGUUGAGCCGUGGGUAAAACACCUCAAGGAUAAUAAUGACGAAGACUGGGAGCCACUCUGGCUUCUUCUCUCGAGCAUUUUCCCCAAGUAUGCGAUUUUUCGUUCUGUGCUUAAAGUGAUGGGACGGUCCAUCAAGGCCCUUAACGCCGUUAAGGCGGUGGACAGGCCAAAGCCGGAUGGCCCAAUGCACAAACACUGGUCCACAUUGGAGGCACUUGUGAUGAGCCGACUCAAGUUGUUAGAGACUGAUGAUGUCGAUGAGGCACAUGUCGAUUCUUGUCAAAGUUCAAAGUGCAACAAAUCUGGGGCAGCAGGCACCUUCAAGCGUUGUGCUGGUUGCCUUCACGUGCAUUACUGCAGUAGGGAAUGCCAGAUUUAUGAUUGGAAACAAGGCGGCCAUCAAACAUAUUGUCGCGGAAUACAAGCUCGCCGUGCCAAAGGAAUCAUGUCCCGUAUUUCUACUCGUGAUCUCCGCUUUCUUGAUCGCGUGAUUGCAUCUGAUCUCUCGUGCCAUAACGAGCGAAUCUCUAGGACAGCAGCAAUACACGCUCCAGGGCCUGCCGUCGUUGAGAUUGAUUACACAUGUAUUCCUUUCCGCAUUGGUGUUGGUUGCACGGAAUCGCUCCCUGUGCCAGAUACCUGCAAGUGCGACCAACUGAUGCAACAAAAGUGGGACACUAUGGUGGAGCUGGCACGGAACAGCAAAACGCCGGGGCAGAAGCUUUUAAUUCGUACCUUCAUUCCAUGCGGGUCUGCGCCGAAGGUAAAAUUGCAGCUCAUCCCAAUCAAACGGAUCAUCCCCGGUUAUGACCCGAGCCAGGACCAUGAUCCCGCCGAAGCUAGUGAUACUUUCGAUCACUUAUAUUCAUGCGCGGGACAUUCUUUUACCAUUGUUGAUCAUUCAUACCCUGUGGAGACUCUCAGGCUCAUGACUAAGGAGAUGGACGCAUUGACCAUUGAAGGAAAGGCGAAUACCACCGACCCGGCUCAAUCGGCUUGA